GGUUUGGUCUCUAUUCGUCUAACGCAGGGAACUCCAGUGACAGGAGAGCAAAUGCAGAACCUUCCCAAAACCCUAGAUCCCAAACAAAUGAACAAAAAUUCCCAAUCCAAUUAAAACCCUAAAACCUAAUCACUUACAAUGAUAAGACGAAGACUCUCUCCAAUAAUCGCAGGUUCCUCUCACUUCCUCAAAACCAAACCCAUCAGCAACCCAUCACCAAUCCUCCAUUUCCAUUCCUUCCAAUCCCUCCGAUGCUCCAGCCCCGUUAUAAAAAAUGAGUCAUUUUGGUUUCAGGGUAUUAGAGCUUAUAGUCUUUUGAGCUUGAACGAUCUGAGAGACAAGGUUCCAAGAAAACAGAAGACAAGGAAAGGGAGAGGAAUUGGGUCUGGCAAAGGAAAGACUGCUGGGAGAGGACAUAAAGGACAGAAGGCUAGAGGUACUGGCAAGUUGGGAUUUGAAGGAGGGCAGACCCCUAUGCGACGGCGUUUACCUAAACGCGGGUUUAAGAACCCUUUUAGUCUCACUUUUCAGCCAGUAGGACUGGGAAAGAUUGCCAAACUUAUAAAUGCUGGGAAGAUAGAUUCUCACGAAUUGAUCACAAUGAAGACUCUUAAGGAUGCUGGGGCCAUAGGGAAACAGAUAGAGGAUGGUGUAAGGUUGAUGGGACGUGGUGCUGAACAGAUUAAGUGGCCAAUUCAUCUGGAGGUGUCAAGGGUGACUGUUAGAGCAAAGGAAGCAGUUGAAGCUGCAGGUGGAACUGUGAGGAGAGUACACUAUAACAAAUUGGGUUUGAGAGCUCUGCUCAAGCCUGAGUGGUUUGAAAAGAAGGGUAGGUUGCUGCCAAAACCAGCUAGGCCUCCUCCCAAACUGAAGGAUAAAGUUGACAGCAUUGGCCGCCUGCCUGCUCCAACAAAACCUAUCCCAUUUUUCACUGAAGAGGAGCCAGCCUCCUCACCUGCCUGAUGGACGGAGGAUCAGUUUUCCGUUGAACAACAAGAUGUUGUAUUCAUAA